AUGGUUCCUGAUGAUUUUUAUGCUUUCAUUGGAAUCUUCAUUUAUUUAGGAUACCGCAAAAUACCACGUUAUAGAUUGAUGUGGAAACUAACCAGUUUAUGUUACGAUCUAGUAAUAUCGGAAGUCUUUAGUCGCAAUAGAUUUGAAAGUUUUUUGGCUUUUCUUCAUGUAGUUGAAGACACCGAAAAGAAGCUAAUAGGAUUUGGCGACAAGUUGUGUAAAGUUCGUCCCCUAAAUGACCACAUAAUGGAGAAGUGUCAAGAGUUGUAUCAACCUCAUUGUGAACUAAGCAUCGAUGAGCGAAUGGUUCGGUCCAAUGACAGAUUCUAUUUUCGUCAGUAUAUUUGA